AUGGGCGCUGCACCAGAGGUUGAGGUUCCCAUUGAGAACCCCACCAAAGAGAACAAUGUUGAGAUGGUAGAGUCGGGCUCAACCAGCUCACACGAAAUAGGCUACGAUAAGAAGGCCACGGCGAAGUUGAUCAGAAAGAUCGAUUGGGUCCUGCUUCCAUUCCUGGCUUUGCUCUACCUGCUUUCGUUCCUUGACCGAACGAACAUUGGGAACGCUCGUCUUGCCGGCCUUGAGAAGAGCCUCGGCAUGAGCGGAUUGGAUUAUAAUGUUGCACUUGCCAUAUUUUUCCCCUUCUACGUCGCCGUUGAGCCAAUCUCCAACUUGAUGUUGAAGAAGACACGCCCUUCUCUAUGGAUUCCCUCAAUCAUGGUCGCAUGGGGCGUUUGCACCACAUUAAUGGGUUUGGUGCACAACUACGGUGGCCUCCUCGCAGCUCGUGCCGCUCUCGGUAUUGCAGAGGGUGGUUUGUUCCCAGGUGUCACCUACUACAUCACACUCUGGUACCGACGUCAUGAAUGUGGUCUCCGAAUGGCCAUCUUCUUCUCAGCAGCCACCGCAGCCGGAGCUUUCGGCGGUCUGUUGGCACGAGGUAUUGUAGAGAUGGACGGAGUUGGGGGCAGGCCCGGUUGGGCCUGGAUCUUCAUCCUGGAGGGUCUAAUUACAUUCGGCGUUGCAAUCUUGGCAUUCUGGGUGAUGCAUGACUAUCCCUCCACCGCCAAAUUCCUCACCCCAGAGGAGAGGACCGAAGUCACUCGCCGUCUUGAACACGACCGCAGCUCCCUUGCAGAUGAGUUUGAUCUGAAAUACUUCUGGCACGCUGUCAAGGACUGGAAGAUCUGGGUCCAUAUGUUCAUCACCAUCGGAAUCUACACUCCUCUAUAUUCCUACUCCCUCUUCCUGCCAACAAUUGUCAAGACCCUUGGAUACACCAACAAUACCGCCCAACUGAUGACUGUCCCACCUUACAUCGUGGCUUGUUUCUGCUGUAUCACCGGCGGCUGGGCUGCCGACAGACUGAAGACUCGAGGCAUCUUCAUGAUCGGCUUCAGCCUUGUGGCAAUCAUUGGUCUUGUUAUGUUGAUCUCUACGCAAAACCCUCAUGUCAAAUAUGCAGGUUGUUUCUUCUUCGCCAUGGGAAUCUACCCCAACGUCCCCCAGGGUGUUGCUUGGAACGGCAACAACAUCGGUGGAAGCGUUAAGCGCGGUGUCGGCAUUGCCAUGCACGUCGGCUUUGGCAACCUUGGAGGUGCUAUUUCUGGAUUCAUCUAUUUGAGCAAGGACUCCCCAAAGUUUACCCCCGGCCACGCCAUCCUGAUCGGACUGAUUACCAUGAGCACCUGCCUCCAAAUUUUCAUGACCAUCUAUCUCCGCCGCGAGAAUGCCCGCCGCGAUGCCGAAUACAAGUCCCCAGACCAAUACACUUCACAAGACAGAGAUGCCGAGAGAGAGAAGGGCGACAACGCCACCUUCUUCCGUUAUACCGUUUAA